UCAGAGCAUGCCUGGCCGCUGUGAGCAUCGCUGCUGCUCGGUGAGUGCUAUGUCCGUGGAAUGAUGCUCGUGUCCGCCGAAUCGACCAACAGCUGCUGCACCGCGCCGGUUGCCGCAGCCACGUCCGUCGCCACCAGCCCCACAGCGGCCACCAACAUCGUCUGGAAGAUGGACCCGCCACCCCUUUCAUCCCUCUCCUGCACCUCGGCGGCCGUGAGUCCAACGAAUGCAGCCGCUGCGGCAGCUGCUGCGGCCGCCGCCUCCAACCUGCCCCCGCAGCUCAGAGAACUGUACGGAGCGUCCGCCCCCGGCAGUCACCACCCCCUGGCCAACCUCGUGUCGCAACAACGGUUUCUCGAGCUGUCCAGGUUUGGCCUCAGACACUACGACCUCGCGCAGCACAUGCUGACCCAACAGGGUGCCGUCAGCAAACUUCUAGGUGUCUCAAGCUCACUCAGGCCUCCAGGUCUCAUCGGGGGCAGCAAACCUAAGGUUGCCACCCCAGCGGUCGUCUCCAAAAUUGAGCAGUACAAAAGGGAGAAUCCCACAAUUUUCGCCUGGGAAAUCAGGGAACGACUCAUCUCUGAAGGCGUGUGCACGAAUUCAACCGCUCCAAGUGUCAGCAGCAUCAACCGCAUUUUGAGAAACAGAGCGGCCGAGCGGGCGGCGGCCGAAUUUGCGCGUGCUGCCGGCUACGGCCUUUACCACCCCUACAGCGGCUUUCCUUGGCAUCCAGCGGCCGCCGCCGCAGCUGCUGCCGCGGCCGCAGCGGCCAGCGGGAGUCCGGGCUCCAACAUUUGGAACCCUGCGUCCCUAGGCAACCCUGCGAGCAGUGGAAGCAGCACCGGCACAGGCGAGGGUGGCCUCAGCAGCGGCGCCGUCAGCUCGAGCGACUUGCUUGGACAACGGCUAUGUGGCUUUGGUGUUUCAGACGAUGGCAAGGACGAAACUGGCUCCGUGGACUCGACGGAGGCGCCCAAGUUCCGUCGCAACCGCACCACCUUUUCUCCGGAGCAGCUGGAGGAGUUGGAGCGCGAGUUCGACCGCAGCCACUACCCGUGCGUGAGCACCAGGGAGCGGCUGGCGGCCAAGACGUGUCUCUCGGAGGCGCGAGUGCAGGUUUGGUUUUCCAACAGACGAGCCAAAUGGAGGCGACACCAACGCAUGAACCUCUUAAAACCCUUCGGCAUGGCGGGGGCGCACCACGCCUCGUCGCCCCCGGCCUCUCCCUCCUCCCGCCCCCAAGGCCCUUCGUGCGGUUCCACCCCUGGCUCUCUUACCCCGCCGCCGUUGCGCCGCACGCUGCAGAUGGGCGGCGAAAAUAGCGCCUUCACGCCGACCCGCGGCCCCCAGGCCCCCGGGGGCGGCUCCGACGCCGCCUCCGAUGACGAGAUCAACGUCCAUGAUGACGAUGUCGUCACCGAUGAUGAACGCCUCGACGUUGUUGGCGACGCUGACGACGACCUCCGCUCGCCUCCAGGGGCGACCCCUGCCCCCUCGGGAGGGCCGCCCCAGCUGACGAUGAGCGCUGCUGAGCGCAUCGCCGCCUGGAGACAGGCCGAACUCGCCUCCAGACUUUUCCUCCAGCAGCAGCACCAACGAAACUGAACAAAAGCACAUUAAUUUCUCUCUCUCUUAUUCCAAUUAUGAUACAAAUUAAGUGUGCGAGAUUGGUACGUUUUUAUCUCAGCAUAAUGAUGUAAAUUUAACGAUAUUAUAUUAAAAAUACCAAAUGAUGUCCGCGGAGUGUGAAAAAAUGUGUUAUAUCUUAUAUACGAAGAACUUAAUUGUGAUGGGUGCGCGAACCGUGUGCUUGAUGGUCCGUCUCUCGACGGCGCAGAUUCUCUUGUAGGGAACGUGUAAAUCUGGUAAAUCUCAAUAUGUGGUGUAAAAAAAUAAAAGCAGAGCAUUUUU